CAUUUCACCAGCAGCCCGCGCCCAGUGACCACGCUGUGACAUCGCUAGGUAGCCCCUCUUUGCUCCUUGCCACAAAUCCCAUACAAAACCUUUUGGAUCAGCUGCCCUGCGAGUGCUCUUGCUGGUCUCCACUCGACCUCAGCACCCAGCUCAACUACGGAAACGCUUGGGCCAGCACGCCAACAAACACAGGGCGCUAGGCGGCCACCGUGCAACCGCAUCAUCUUUGUUUCUGGGAUAGACGACACGACAGAUAUCGCUGCCAUGGCUCGCCUUAGCGGCCUCCCGAGCGAGCAUCACCACGAAGGGCCCGGCGAUGCGCCGCGACGCCGGCGGGGUCGACCAUCGAAGGGCUCGCAGAGCUCGCAGAGCUUGCAAAGUUCGCAGAGCUUCGAGGAGGAGACGACAGUCACAACAGGCAAGCGCGCCGCCUCGCCGCUUGCCUCGCAGUCCCAGUCAAAGCGCACCAAGCGCGUGCAGACGAUUGUCGAGGAGGACGAGGACGACGACGACGGCUCCUCGCAGCUUGAGGCCGAGGCUAGGCUGUCCGUCACGCGCAUCCAGCACGCUGCUGUCGAUUCUAUCCCUACCGAAGUCCAGUCGUCGCCCAUCGUGCGCCGCAACCGCCGCUAUUCAGAGCCCGUGGUGACCGCCCAGGGCCAUGAGGAUGACGACGACAUACUCGUCGGACCCUCCACACAGCCUGCCCCAGGUCUGACGCCACAUCUAGACCGCAUCGGUGCCGCCCGCGGCAAGUUCGCCAGCCGCCGCCGCGAGCGCAUGUCCAUGCCCGCCCAGCUACACGUCGAGCGUAUUGACCAUGCCGACAUAAACGGCCACCGCUUUCAGUACGCGCCUCUCACGGCUGUGCUCGAUGGCCGCACUCGUCGCCGCCUUCGGCGCAGUCACCUUAGCCAGGAGGUCAACGAGAUUGAAGACGACCGGAAACGAGGCAAGAAGCAGCUGUUGGAGCUGCGCCGCGAGCUGAAGAAGCGCGAUGACAAGAUUCAAGACCUCGAGUUCCGCCUCGAGGCCAGCCGCAUGGGUAACAUCCAAAUGAGCGAUGCUGAUCAUGACGAUCUUGCCCAGCAGCUGGACGACGCUCGCAAAGAGCUCGAUGACUUACGCAAUAGUGCACAAUACAUCGGCGGCGGCAGCAGCGACCGCGACCUCAGCCGGGAGCUCGACGGUUCCGCUGAACCAUUCGACCACGACGACGAGGACGAUUUUAUGCUCGUCGAUCCUGACGAGCUCCACGUCUCUCAAGAUCUGGAAAUGGAAUACCUUCCCAAUGGCCCUUAUGCCUCACGCGUUUUAGAGUUGUCCCAGGAAGUCACUCUUGAGCAUCUUCCAUCCAUUAGUCAACUGCGUGUAGACACAUUGGACGAGGAUGACGAUGUUGAAGUUCACCAAUCUAUCUCUGAUCAAGCCGUCGAGCGAUAUGAGCGCGAGAUACAAAAGCUGAUGCAGGAGAUGGCCGAGUCCAAUGGCGCUCUUCGUGUUAUUUCACUUGAGAUCCAAAAUCUUAGGUUCCUGAAAGCUGGUGCCAACAGCGCCGAUAUUCUCACUGCCCUUCGCAGCGGCUUUGCUGACCUGCGCGGCGACGUUGAGAAAUACUUUCCCAACGAGACUCGUGGGAUCACCAACGAGCAGCUCCUUCAGAAGAUCCCUAAGCUCUUCAGCGGCGUCCUGUACGAGCUGAAGGAGAAGACUGACAUCGCCGACGACGCGCGACAGACUGCGAUCGUCCUGCGCCGCCAGUAUGAGGGCGUCUUGGAUCUGCUUGGUGAGGCCGAAGAGCGCAAGACCGAGCUUGACAAGAAGGUCUACACACUUGACAAGAGCAACGAGGAGAAGCAAAGAACAGUCGUCGACCUCGAGGAGCGCGUUCAAACCUUGACAGAAUUGACGGAGGAUCAGGAGGUAGAGCUGAGACAGAAGGACCUUCAGAAUGAUACCCUGGUGGAGCAGGUUGACGAGAAGGACACCGACCUCGACCGCCUCCGCGAAGAUCUGGAAGUAUACCGAACCGACAUCGACAAGCUCACGAGCUCGACCGCCGAACUUGAGACAGAAUAUCAGGAGCGUAUCGCACGCAUGGAAGAGGAGCAUGCAGAUAUCGUUGCUGACCUCCAGGCUCAGCUCGGUGUCGAGCAGGAGGGCCGUGAAAAUGCCGAGGAUGAAGCGGCCCAGAAGACGGGUUUCAUCGAGGAACUGCAAGGUCGCGUCGACCAGAUGGAGGCAGAUUUUGGGUCUAUUGACACCGUUCUGGCAGACCUUCGCGAAAAGCUUGAGUCGGAGACAGCAGCUCGUACGACCGCGGAGACCGAGCGUGACGAGCAAGUCGAGCAGGUAUAUGACCGGACCAACACCAUCGAAAAUCUUACCGAGACCAUCAACGAUCUUACUGAGCAGCUGGAGGCGGCUAAGGCCAACAUCAUUGCUGAGCGCGAGCAACGUGAGACCACAGAAACUGCUCUCGAUGAGGCCAACGACAGAAUCGAGGAGCUUAACGACAAAGUCCACCAGCUCGGCAUCCAGACAAAUGAACUUCGUUCCAAACUCUUCCAGGUUCAGCAGGAGAAGGAGCUAGAAAUCACCGAUCUCACAGCCGCGCAUCAGGAGCGUGAGGAUGAGCUUACCGAGCAGCUGACUGCUGAGCAAGAGGUGCGUGAAGGUGCUCAACAGGCUAUCGCCGACAUGGAGAAACAGCUUGCCGCCCUACGAGAGACGCUUGCUGUGUCCGAGGCCGAUCUCACAAAGAUGACCGAAGCCCGCCAGCAGCUCGAGGAGGAUCGUGAGUUUCAAAUCAGCAAUGUGAGCACUGAGCUUGCAGAGUCCGAGGCCAAACGGGCCGCGCUGGAGAGCUCGACUGAGUCGGAGAUCACCUCACUGCAAGCUCAGAUUACUGAUCUCACCAAUGAUCAUGCCCGAAAACAUGCUGAAAUCCAGCGUCUUGCCGAACGUCUUGUUGAGGCCGAGCAGGCACACGAGGAGGAGAAAGCCAUCCUUGAUAACAAGCUGGAGAUAUUCGAGCGUGACCUUGCUGAAGCGCAAGCGGAUAACGAAGCCUAUCGUAGGGAGAACGAGUCGUUGUCUGAUCGUGUUGGUCGGGAAGCAGUGGAGCUUCUUAACAUCACCGACUCUCAUGCGGAUGAAAUGGUUGCCCUCAAAUCGGUAAUUGCGACUCAACAGGAUACCAUCUCCGAGCUCCAGAACCAGAAUGCCAACUUAACCAACGAGCACGAAAAUAUUCUUACCGACAAAGACGCCCAAAUCGAAGAGCUGCAGCUCCUUGUCGACGACCGCGUGGAGAAGCUGGUUCACGUCGAAGCCGCCCGUUUAGACGUUGUCAAGGAGUUUGCCAAGUAUGAGCAAGAUACUCGUGAGACUAUCGACCGCAUGACCCUGCAACAGCGUGUCUUGCAAGAGCAGAACGAGGCGCUUGCAGAGGAUUUGAAGAAGCGUGGUGCAGAUGCCGUUGCUGCCGUACGCGCUAUGAAAAUCCAGGGUCUGGAGGUCAAGACUAAAGGCUUAAGCCUGCAUCGAGUUGCGACUGGCAAGGUGGGCAAGAUUAGUGAGAAGGUCAAAAUUGGCAAAAAAAGCAAGAGCGGCCGAAAGGUCGCAAAGAGGCAGUGGGACAGCGGUUUUGGAGUUGACGAAGAUGUUGAGGAUGAGAUUGAUGGUGCAGAGGUUGGAGAGGCUGCUUAGACAUGAUGUCUGAGAGCGGGUCAUGUCCCUUCGGGCUGUGACAACAUCUAUUUUGGAUCAAUUUGUUCGCGUCGUCCACAUGGACUGUUGGAUACCACGCAUUUUUCCACGACUUGAUGAAAGCUUUUCUUGGCUGAGAGUUGUCCGCUAUUUUAUAGCUACACAUAGGGUAGGUUUCUUUGCAUAGCGCGGCGUGUUCAGGAUAUGACAAAGGAAAAUGUUUAUUUAGUAGUGUAAAUGAUUAUCUCCGACCCGCC